CAUCUGUUCCUCGCUGCCUGCCCCUUGUGCAUUUUUGGUCAACUACAGACGUGAGUGCAGCCGAGUGAGCAUCCGGGAGCGAGCUGGUUGUCCCGAUCGAACAAGCUGGGAAGGAUGAACAGUUCUGCCGAGUGCCUUGGACCAAACAGCGCUGACCUGCAAACCAACGGGAAGCUUGUCAACUGCAGCGCCAAACCAGAUGCCCAUGGCGGGGCUGGCAUUUCAGAAUUGGGCAUCUCCGUAUCGAUUUUCCUGUGUCUCAUCACCCUGGCCACCGUGGUGUCCAACGGAUUUGUAAUCGCCACCAUCUACCAGACGAGGAAGCUGCACACUCCCGCCAACAUCCUGAUCGGCUCCCUGGCCGUCACCGACCUCAUGGUGUCCCUCUUGGUCAUGCCCAUCAGUAUUGUGUACACGGUGAGCGGGACCUGGAGUUUUGGCCAAAUUGUCUGUGAUAUCUGGCUGUCCAGCGACAUUACCUGUUGCACCGCCUCGAUCCUCCACUUGUGCGUGAUCGCGCUGGACAGGUACUGGGCCAUCACAGAUGCGGUGGAGUACUCGGCUAGGAGGACGCCCGCCAGAGCGGCGGGCAUGAUAUGCACCGUCUGGGUCAUCUCCGUCUGCAUCUCCAUCCCGCCUCUGUUCUGGAGGCAAGCCAAGGCGACGGAGCUGACAGACUGCAUGGUCAACACCGAUCAAAUCUUCUACACGAUCUACUCCACCUUCGGGGCCUUUUACAUUCCCACCCUGCUGCUCAUCGCCCUCUACGGGAGAAUCUAUGUGGAGGCCAGGUCCAGAAUCCUCAAGCAGGCACCCAGGAACGCGGCCAAGAGAAUGACCACGGCCCACCUGGUGACCGACUCCCCGGGCUCUUCCUCUCUCUCAGUAAACUCUCGAGCUAACGAAGCCUCCAGCGAGACUGGGGGCUCUCCCGUUUAUUUGAACCACGUCAAAAUCAAAGUUUCCGACGCACUGUUGGAAAGGAAGCGCAUCUUGGCGGCCAGGGAGAGGAAGGCGACCAAAACUUUAGGGAUAAUCUUGGGGGCGUUUAUCGUAUGCUGGCUACCUUUCUUUAUUAUUACUCUGGUGAUGCCCAUCUGCAAGGAAGCUUGCUGGUUCCACCAUGCCAUCUUUGACAUCUUCAAUUGGCUGGGCUAUCUAAAUUCUCUCAUCAAUCCCAUUAUUUACACAAUGUCUAACGACGACUUCAAGCAAGCAUUCCAGAAACUCGUCCGGUUUAGAUGACUGUCUAAACUAGUCUCACAACUGGACAAGUAAAGAUCACUUGUGACAACUAGUCUCACAAUUGGACAAGAUCACUAAAGCAGCGUCUCUUUUAGCUCCCCGCUCAUUUCUCCCUCUGUACACACACACAUAAAUAUAAAAAUCACACACACACAUACAUUUACAUACACACAUCUAUAUAUAUACUGUAUUUUUAAAGCCACCAAAAAUCAGAUGAUAGUAUGACAGCCCAUGCAGCAGUUUAGCAAGCACACCACGUGUAUGGGACAUUGCAUACACACGCGCAGCAUUGUCAGGGAAUGAAUGUAUAUGUCAGGAAAUAAGACGAAUAUCCAUACUUUGCUGUUGGCUUGAGUCUUACUUAUUAGACCAGUCAAAUAUAGUUGUAGUUGAACACCAAAGGGUGAUGUGCAUGGGGGAGGUCUUUUAGGUAUUUUCUAUAUACCAUUCGCAGUCGGAUCCCACUGACCUAAUCAUCGUCCAUUGACCCUUUGAUGAUGUGACACUGAUUCGCUACCGCCAGAGGCCCGUGGAAUUUCAUUUUUUCAAUCAGUCUGAUAUGAAACCCCAUUUCCGGAUCUGAUAAUCGGGAGAUAGGGUUAGAUCCUUCGCUCUUGUCACCGCAGUUUUAAACUGCAUUACAAGUAGCUUUGGCCGACUUUGAGAUUUUGCUUAAUCAAAACUUAGCUUGCUUUUAAGCCAACGUUUUGAUAUUUUGAAAACGUCGGUAUAUGAUUGCUAAGGAACGAAUUCUUAGAGUGAAUGACUGAAAAACAAACGUAUUGCUUUAAUCCCAACUGUUAUUUGAGUGGUAUAUUUUGAAAGCAUUUUGAAUUUUAAAACGCAGAUUAAGUAAUGUCAGCUAUGAUGAAUUAUUUAUAACCUCCAUGCCUUGAUGGGUAUCUGCGGUUUGAAUCUACAGGUUCUGUCUUUGUAUUAUGAACAUUGUGUUUGAGCUGUCCAAUGGAUCCUGUUUAUUUGUUAUUGUAGGUUAGCA